AUGCCUAUUGAGACGAUUGUACCGCUCAGUUUGAAUCUGUUCCUGAAACCUAAGGCCUUAUAUAUUACGGAAGAGCAAUGGCAGAAUAUACUUAAACAUUUUGGUAUAAGCACCGACGUGGAGAAAGCCAUUUUCCGCACGCCAUCUGAUUUCAAUUUUGUGCAAUCCAAUGAAAUAAAAAACAAUACAUCCAAACUGCUAGGUAAUACAAGGACAAGGAAUGUUGAAGACGUUGAUAUUUGCACUUUUCCAAUAAAGAACUUACCACAAGGAAAAGACAUAAAAGACUUAUUCACUGAACUACAGGUAAUUGCAUCAAACUUCAAAGUUGCUUGUAUUAUAAAUGACACUCAUUUGUUUGGGAAUGAAAUCAAGAAAACAGAUUUUUAUGCAUAUGUGAUUGGAGCAUGUGAAGUUCUAAAUCAGAUCAAACCCUUGAUUGAUGUUACCAUUCUUAAUUUUUUACGGGAUGAGUUCUUUAUUGACACUAUCAAACUUAAUACACAAUCACUUAUUCCUUUCCUAGCUGGUGUAAAGCAGAACAACAUAAAAUAUAUCAAGGAUAGCUUCCAGGUCGAUGUUUACUAUACAUGGCCUAGCACUAACAACUAUGAAUUGGAGCCCAUUGUUUAUAUUGCUGGCUCAAUAUAUGCGAAUGUCCUGGCAGCAAAAGAGUUGCUCACAGCUUGCCUAAAUAAAUGCCAAAGUACAUUAUUUUAUCAAGAACUUACAGGAAUCUCGCCAGGUAAAUUGGAGUACGUCAGACGAUAUUUCAAAAAGGAGAUCCAAAGUCUAAUGAACCAAUACGGAUCAUUCGUAUUUAUUUCUUCGGACUUCGUAGGCUUCCAGUCCACUUCAGUGACGAUGCUUAAGUCACUGACCAAAGAAUUUACUUUAACAAUUUUACAGAGUAUAGCUGAGAUACGAGUAACCAUGGAUUCUGAAUUCGAGUUCACUGAUGAAAUGGUAAUCGAUAUAUUAUCUGCAAAAGAUGAACAGCAGCUCAUUGUAAGGGAUGAUGAAAUAAGCAAUCAGUUUAUAUUGAUUAGAAACUCUUCACAAAAGAGCAAGGUCAACGGCAAAUCAACAACUCCUCUCCAUAGUUUGAAAAAGUACUUGGAAGACCAUGAAUCUCAAAUCGAAGAAUUAAAGGCAAUCUUUGAAAUUCAUCCUGAUUAUGACGAUUUCAUAUCCGGUAAGAAAAAUGGUAAGCUUACAAGGAUCAUGGAAAAGAGUCAAGCACAACUUGAUCUAAACUUUGAGGAAGAUGAUAAAAAUAUGUUUCUCUCUAUCAUAUCUAACAAAGUGAACAACUUAGAAAGUGCAUUCACAUUGUUAUUAGACGAAUUACCCUGUGAAGGAACAUUUUUUAUUCCUGAAGUUUAUCACAGGCCUGCAAUUGGUAGUGGUGGUUCUAUUAUUCAAACGACCAUGAGGAAACAUAAUGUUUUUAUUCAGUUUUCAAAUACAUUUUUGUUGCCUCAAAGUGGUCUUUCGUUUGUAAGAUUUGAUAACGUUAUUAUAAGAUGCCCAUUUAAGAAUAGAAAAGGUAUAGAUCUUGCGAUUGAGGACCUUAAAGUAUUGAUUCAAGAGUAUAGUGAACAACAGCCAAGCACAAAUAUUAGAUUAUCGCCUGCACAAUACAAGCAUGUAUUAUUUGAGCACAUCAAUACCAUUGGUCACCUGGAGAAACAAAAUAACGUUUUUCUUGAUUUUCCUCAGAACAUACCGAAGACAACUGUUAAUAUAUCGAUUAGAGGUAACGAUACAAGCUCCAUACAAUGUGCAGAUGAAGUAACUAAUAGACUGUAUGGCUUUGAAAGAACAUUCCAAUUAAGUGAAUGUAUUCCAAAUGACAAGUUAUUAAGCAACAAAAAAUUGCAAAAUGAGUUAGUUGUUCCGUUGUUUAUUAGACUUCACGCUUUUGUUUCAUGCCAAGAUAAAACAUUUACUCUUGUUUACGACAAGGCAAAGGUAAACAAUAAAGACUUUGAGAACCAAAUUCAGCAAUACCUUGAAGAAAAUGGCCUUAUUAUCGAAGACAAGAAGACAGUAUCUAAAUUCAUAACCGAUACUACUGCUUAUGCCGGCUUUGAUCAACAUGACUCACCAAGGGCCUACAAACAACAAAAUCCAAAUAUGUCACCAAAUUACUCUCAGAACAGCUACAAGAAACCUAUACCACCUCUACAGGCCUUGGCGGAACAAAAUUCGAUGAGGGGGAAACCACCACUAUUAAAACAAUAUGGACAGCAUUCACCUUAUUAUAGAUAUGGAUAUGGAUAUGCAUAUAAUUAUGUUUAUGACUAUAACAAUAUGUAUCCACCUCCUAAAUAG